CCGGCGACGCGUACGAUGCGACGCGGACCCGCGGACGUGGAGUACGUGGAUAUUCGGAGCGAUCGAUUGUUCGGUGUCACUCUAACCUCUUCGCGGACGCGCACGCGAAUCAUCGACCGAAAGUCUCGUUUGAUCGCUCUCGUCCGUGAACGAUAGCCCGUCGAGCAUCUGGCGCGGUUUGAACGCACGCAUUUUCGCGCGAUCGCUCGACCGUGGCUAACUUCAUUCUCGCUUCGAGGGAGUCGAUUCGAAAGUGAAAACCUUUCGCCCGGCAUCGCCGCGCCUUUCCAACGCGUCAUUCGUAUAUUUGGCCUCUUGUCGACGCUAGAGAGGAAAGAUUAGACGCCGCUUGCACGACUAGGUACGGGAAAUGAUAAGCGGAAAUUGAAUUCCGAGAAUGACGAGAGCUCCCCUAAUCGAUCAUCAUGACGCCGUCACCUUACGUCUCUCGAAUAAAUCAAAUCGACGCCGCUCAGUUGGACACGGAGAUCUACAAGGUAUUGCGGAAUCAAGCCAGGGAGAUCGCCAGGUACGGCGCGCCCGGCAAGAUCGACAAAUGGCAAGCGGAAGUGGACGCCGUCCUGAAAUUCUUCAUCUGGAAAUUCUCGCUGCAACGUGGCUCCUCCACAUUCGGCCAGCGGCUCCUCAAUCUGCACUACGCCAACAUCAAUCACCGAAAGUCCGUGCUCCACUUGAUUCUAAGCGUUCUUCCGCAGUAUCUGAAAGACAAAUUAGCUCACGAGAACCUAUCCGAACGUGGCGCGUUCGCCCAAGUGCUAAAGUCGCUCGUCGACUGGACGACGAACGCGAUCAAUCUCCUCGAGCUCGUUAAUCUGCUGUUCUUCCUCCAUCGGGGCGUGCAACCGCGCGUGAUAGAGUUUCUGCUCGGUCUGUCCAGUCAGUCGAUAACGACUCACCGACCCAGAAUCAUCGGUUACUCGUAUAUGACGAGGGAAUUGCUCUGGCACGGUCUGAUGGAACUCUUCACGAUCGGCAUACCCAUGAUAAACUUCCACUAUCUGAAGCACGCGGCGAUGAGGCUGUGGCGGCGGCCGGAACCGUCGAGCGGCCUGUUCCCGGUGAUGAACGCCACGACCAAGUGCGCCUACUGCUACGAGGACCCGAUUCUGCCGUCGCACGCCGGCUGCGAGCACUUGUUCUGCUACUACUGCCUACAGGCGCACUUCACCGCGAUGAGCGCGUUCCAUUGUCCCACCUGCGACGCGGAGCUCCGUGCCGAGGAUAUGAAAAGAUACACGGUCGCGAGCGCACCGCGGAGCGACGACGAGGAGUCGGACGAUAGCUUCGAGAAAGUGGACGAUGGAUAACCGCGAACGUACGUAUAUUUUCAGUUUUAUCAGAGACAACUGAUGGUGACUCGAAGUGACGUGAUUGUGAUGAACGAGUCACGGUGCCAACUUUCGCUUUAUAGACCUCGUCAAAUACUAUCUUUACAAGUGAAAAUGAUUGAUGUUACUGCAAUGUGUGAUAACGUGUUAAUUCCGUUAGAAAGAAUUCACCUCAACGACCAAAGUAAUAAAAAAUAAAAUAUAGAAAAGAAACAGUGUGUUUUGUCGCAAACGCGACAAAUAUAAGUAUACAAAACUAAUUUUAUUAUUAUAUCGGUGUUAAUUAAAUCUUCUAGGAAACAAAUAAAAUUAUGAAU